AUUUUUGUUGCUUAAGUGCACGUAAAAGGUUAUCUUUUCCCUUCUAAACUGCUAAUCUCUUGAUAACCACUGGCCUUGUCAAUGGCACGACAAAUACUGUGAAAGAAACUCUUUGUGCCCCUUGUUAAUUUGUUUCAAGGACCAAAGGCAGAGAAAUUUGGACUCGGGCUCGUCCAAGCCUUAUUUAUUUUUCUUUUAAUUCCUUAUAUUCUUCCUUUAGGGAAAAGGCACUCAGCCACUGUUUGGAAAACUACACAACAGGGUCAUUCCCAAUGCCUACCUCCCUCAUGCCCAAUAAAUUCUGCAGAGUCUUACAAAUCUCAUAAAAAGACGGCCCACGUGCAGGCUCCCAGGAGAGCCGGGCGGAGAUACAAACUUCCAGAGGAACAGCGUUCACACAACGCAGACACAUGCACCCACACUCACGUGACUCAGCGCCCAGGCAGAAUCACCGCGCGUUUAGGCAGCACACGCCGUACCUGGCCACACAGACACACUUGCGGACACACCUCCUACUCUCGGACCUGUCCCUAGUGCACGAGGCCACGAGCUGCCCGGAGCCCCGGCCGCUGGCCCCUGGCCCCUAGCCCCAGCCCCGGCCCUCCCGGAACUGGCUGGCUCUCGGCUGCGCUCGUCACCCCGGGCGCCGGUUGCGUCAUCAGGGCGCGACGUUGCAGCAGCGCCGGCGGAGGCUUGAAGUGCGGGCAGCUGCAGAGGUGAAGCCGGCGGAGCCGAGGGUGCGAGCGGCCAGGGCGGGAGCGGGCUGCGGGAGGCUGCUCGCGCCGGGAGCGCCGGGACAGAUGGGGAAACCAAGGCAUGGAAGUUAACCAACUCGUCCAAAGUCACACAGAUGCACAUGAUUUGGGAGUUAAUGCUUUGUGACAUGGAUGAAUCUGCACUGACCCUUGGCACAAUAGAUGUUUCUUAUUUGCCAAAUUCAUCUGAAUACAGUAUUGGUCGAUGUAAGCAUGCAAGCGAGGAAUGGAGAGAGUGUGUUUUCAGACCGACUGUCUUCAGAUCUGCAACCUUGAAGUGGAAAGAAAGCCUAAUGAGCCGGAAAAGGCCCUUUGUAGGAAGAUGUUGUUAUUCCUGUACUCCCCAGAGCUGGGAUAAAUUUUUCAACCCCAGUAUCCCGUCUUUGGGUUUGCGGAAUGUUAUUUAUAUCAAUGAAACUCACACAAGGCAUCGAGGAUGGCUGGCAAGACGUCUUUCUUACGUGCUUUUCGUUCAAGAGCGAGAUGUCCAUAAAGGCAUGUUUGCCACCAACGUGACUGAAAACGUACUGAACAGCAGUAGAGUACAGGAGGCAAUUGCAGAAGUGGCUGCUGAAUUAAACCCUGAUGGUUCUGCUCAGCAGCAAUCAAAAGCUGUCAAUAAAGUGAAAAAGAAAGCCAGAAGGAUCCUUCAAGAAAUGGUUGCCACUGUCUCACCGGCACUGAUCAGACUGACCGGAUGGGUGCUGCUAAAACUGUUCAACAGCUUCUUUUGGAAUAUUCAAAUUCACAAGGGUCAACUUGAGAUGGUUAAAGCUGCAACUGAGAUGAAUUUGCCGCUUAUAUUUCUACCAGUUCAUAGAUCACAUAUUGACUAUCUCCUGCUCACUUUCAUUCUCUUCUGCCAUAACAUCAAAGCGCCAUACAUUGCUUCAGGCAAUAAUCUCAACAUCCCCAUCUUCAGUACCCUGAUCCAUAAGCUUGGGGGCUUUUUCAUACGACGGAGGCUAGAUGAGACACCAGAUGGACGGAAAGAUAUUCUCUAUAGAGCUUUGCUCCACGGGCAUAUAGUUGAACUACUUCGACAGCAGCAGUUCUUGGAGAUUUUUCUGGAAGGCACACGCUCUAGGAGUGGAAAAAUCUCCUGUGCUCGGGCUGGACUUUUGUCAGUUGUAGUAGAUACUCUGUCUACCAAUACCAUCCCAGACAUCUUGAUAAUACCUGUUGGAAUCUCCUACGACCGUAUUAUUGAGGGUCAUUACAAUGGUGAACAACUGGGAAAACCUAAGAAGAAUGAGAGCCUCUGGAGCGUAGCAAGAGGCGUCAUCAGAAUGUUACGAAAAAACUAUGGAUGUGUCAGAGUGGAUUUUGCACAACCAUUUUCCUUAAAGGAAUAUUUAGAAAGCCAAAGUCAGAAACCUGUUUCUUCUCCACUUUCUCUGGAGCAAGCGUUGUUACCAGCUAUACUUCCUUCAAGACCCAGUGAUGCUGCUGCUGAAGGUACAGACACGUCCAUUAACGAGUCCAGAGAUGCAACAGAUGAAUCCUUCCGAAGAAGACUGAUUGCAGAUCUGGCUGAGCACGUUCUCUUCACCGCUAGCAAGUCCUGUGCCAUUAUGUCAACACACAUCGUGGCCUGCCUGCUCCUCUACAGACACAGGCAGGGAAUUGAUCUCUCCACAUUGGUGGAGGACUUCUUUGUGAUGAAGGAGGAAGUCCUGGCUCGCGAUUUUGACCUGGGUUUCUCAGGAAAUUCAGAAGAUGUAGUCAUGCAUGCCAUACAGCUGCUGGGAAAUUGCAUCACAAUCACGCACACCAGCAGGAACGAUGAAUUUUUUAUUACUCCCAGCACAACUGUCCCAUCAGUCUUUGAACUCAACUUCUACAGCAAUGGGCUGCUCCAUGUCUUUAUCAUGGAGGCCAUCAUAGCCUGCAGCCUUUACGCAGUUCUGAAGAAGAGGGGCCUGGGGGCGCCUGCGUCUCCCAGCUUGAUCAGCCAGGAGCAGCUGGUGCGCAAGGCCGCCAGCCUGUGCUAUCUGCUCUCCAACGAAGGCACCAUCUCUCUCCCCUGCCAGACGUUUUACCAAAUUUGCCAUGAAACAGUAGGCAGGUUUAUCCAGUAUGGCAUUCUUAUAGUGGCGGAGCCGGAUGAUCAGGAAGAUACCAGUCCCGGUCUUGCUGAGCAGCAGUGGGACAAGAAGCUUCCUGAACCUUUGUCUUGGCGAAGUGAUGAAGAAGAUGAAGACAGCGAUUUUGGUGAGGAGCAGCGAGACUGCUACCUGAAGGUGAGCCAGUCCAAGGAGCACCAGCAGUUCAUCACCUUCCUGCAGAGGCUCCUUGGGCCUUUGCUGGAGGCCUACAGCUCUGCUGCCAUCUUCAUUCACAACUUCAGUGGUCCUGUUCCAGAGCCUGAAUAUCUGCAGAAGCUGCACAAAUACCUAAUAACCAGGACAGAAAGAAGUGUUGCAGUGUAUGCUGAGAGUGCCACCUAUUGUCUUGUGAAGAAUGCUGUGAAAAUGUUUAAGGAUAUUGGGGUUUUCAAAGAGACCAAACAAAAGAGAGUGUCUGUUUUAGAACUCAGCAGCACUUUUCUACCUCAGUGCAACCGGCAAAAACUCCUAGAAUAUAUUCUGAGUUUUGUGGUGCUGUAGGUAACUCCUGGCACGUCUGGCCAGUGACGAGUGCGGGAUGAGUCCCUUGUAGGCUCUUGCCUGUGGCUCGAGAGUGGAAGGUGCCAUCGUGUGGUCGGGCCUGACCUGUCCUGAUGUGACCUCCUGGAAGACAAGUGCCUUCUCCCCUCCGUGAUCUGUGACCAUCGGACUCUGAGAUGACACAGCCGCCUACAGAUCACACUUUAGGGGCCCUCAGCCUCCGUUCACAGUUCAUAAUCAAUAGAUUACAAAAUGAAAUCACAAACGAUUAUUUUGGAGUUUAUUAAAGAUUUACAUUUUAAGUAUAACUGUUGAGGACUAAUUACUGUGAUGGACACAAAAAUGUAGUUGAUUCUAGAACUGAAUCAUGUAUAGUAUACUUAAUGCUGUCAGGUAAUUUGUUGGUAUAUUUUCUGAUUAAUGGUUAAUGCUUCCUUUAAAAAUAAUUGCGUCAUCCAUUCCCUGGAUUUUUUUUUGUUUGUUUGUGUUUUUUUGUUUUUAUCUUUGUCAAUCGUAGCUAAAUUUUAAGUGGGAACACUUUUCAUCUUAAAGUGCUUUACAAAUGAAUGGGCUAAUAUACAUCACACCCAGGUAUCACUGUGCUGUCUGUUGCAGUCAGAUACAGAAAGUGUUUUAAGAGCUAAGUGAAGACACAAUAUUAGUUUAGGUCAGGAAUAGAGAUAAUGUGACCAAACAGCUAACACCAGGAAAUAAAUUUGGCUGGCGAAAUUCAAGAUAAACCUGGCCAGAAAACUGACUUUGAAAACGUUUGUUCAUAUGAAAAAGUGCCAUUGAGUUUUAAAUGACCAGCAAGUAUUUAGGAACAACUCCUAUUUUAUGUCUGUAUCCCUUCCCACCCCUCAGGUAGUACCUGCCUCUCUCAGGUACAGCUGUUUCUUAGAGAGAGCAACUGUACUAACUUAUUAGCUUGGCCUGAUAGCCUGUGUUAAAGUGCCCUGGCUUCAGGCUACUGACCCAGUCCUCUCAUGCCAUGCAGACAGGUCGUGCACUGCACGUCUUCUGGGUGGCUGGUACCCACUCACGUUGGGCAGAGUACAACCUGGACAGUAUAUGGGAUAGCCCUGCGGACUGGCAAAUGGUCGGAGGCAUUUAUAGAUUUUUUAGCUUUGAGGAAGAAAAAAACCACGGUUCUUUAAAAAUGUGUGUGGGUUAUUUUCCUAAACCCCGAUGCCACAUAGUGGCAAAUAAUUAUGAAAAAUUGUUCAUAACAUGUAGGUGCCUUUUUGUGAGCAGGGAUCAUAAUUGUUAGCUAAUUGUGGUAAUUAUAGUGAUUUCUUAAAAAUCAUGUAACAUUAAACGUUUUCUAACAGCUUACUGUUCCUUCUCUUCUCUCCAUGGUAUUAUGGAAUAGGAAUUUUUCGUGAUGAAUAUUGCAGGUAAUCUUUGAAUUUAAUCGAAAAGUACUGAGAAUUAAGUUCGUGCUUUCAUCAGCUUGGAUUUUAAACACUAAUAAUAUCUCAUGAAUAUUCUGUGUGUGUUGCAAGAGGGAAAGGUACUAAUUGGUAUUUCACAUUGUACGAAACUUUUGAAACUCAGAGCAAUAAUGUCAUGCUUUUGUGAUUUUCUUCCACUCUUUUCAAAUUCCGCGUUUAAAAUAUAUGUUUUCUUUAUAGGCGUUUACGUACCAUUAAGCAGUUGUCAGUGUUGAAGCGUCUCUGGUGUGGAGCGGGGUCUUCCCCGUGUAGCAUUCCAUUUUCCUAAGUAGGAUGGAGCUCUGUGUUUGGGGGAACAGCCAGGGAGGCUUAUUUAUCCCCUUGUGUGUUCCUUGUCUAGGCAAGCAAAUAUUUCACUAGUCUCUUUUACUCAUCCGCUAAAUUAUAGACCAAGGAUUACUCAGACCCUUUAAGUCAAGGUUGGGACUGACCUCCCAGUGGAUUCUGCUGCCCCGCCUGUGACUUCUGCUAAGAGCUACUGCUGCACCAGCCUAAGCAGGGAACAGUGGCUUCUCUGGCUUUAUUUUUCCCUUUCAGUUGGUUUGUUUUCUAGAAAUCUACUCAGAUGCUUUGGGGAAUGCAAUAUAUGAUUUGCUAGCUCUCUCGCCACUUAACUCACUGUGAGAAUAAAUAUGCAUGCUUUCUGUAAUUAACUGGUGCUUUGAAAACCUUUUUUAAGGAAGACAAAUCUCAACCAAAGUUCUACUCAUCCAGACAAGCUCACCCUCGAGUUAACUUUAGCACAGCUCAUUCUUGAGUGCCUCGUUACUAACGAACAUCCAUCAGCCCAGUAAGGCUUCCAGAGAGCACUGUUUUGCUAGAAGAUUUAUUCUUGUUUUCCAAAAGCGAGUGUCUUUCAUGUAAGAUGACACAAACUAGGUGCUUGUAAAUAAUUUACUACAGUUUACUCUAUUGCAUUUCUAGAAAACUGAAAUGCAUGUCCUCCAGGGGAAGACAAGCUGUGACUCAAGUUAAAAAGCAAACAAAAAGACCCAAUAAUAAGCAAUGUGAAAUUGCACUCUUUCAAAAUGAGAAAAUCCUAAGAAAUUCAAAAGAGGGGAAGGAAUUUUUACUCUGAAAAUUUAAAGAAGAACCAAGGGAAAGAACUAGCAUGAAGUGUGUAGAACUAGUAAGUUAGUACUGUGAGUCUUCCUUCUCAGAUCUUUUAAGUCUCACAAAGCCACAAGAGUGAGUGGAGAAAACAUCAGGGAUUGCAAUGAAUGUAAGAUUGUGGGAUUUCCAAUCCGAAGGGGAAAAGCAUUUCCCAAAGUUCUCCGUGUAUGUGAGCGCUCUGUGAGAUCUUCAUUAGGUGUUUUGUAUAUAGAAAAAGUUCUGCUGGUAAAAUAAAUUUGCACACGGACCCUCUUUCCUAGAAACUCACAGUGCACUUGAGUGCAGUAAGGGCUCAGGGCCUGCCAGUACCAAGCCCGUUUAACCCAGCAUUUCCCAGUCUGUGUGAUCCCAGGGCCUUUUUCCCCUUUGGGACACCUAUGGACCUCUCCUUAGGGUCACAGAAAACAUUUUGGGAAACACUAUGUUAGGUAGUUCUGUAAGGGGUCAAAACAACAACUGCCCUGUGGCACAGAGGCAGAAUUUGCAUAUGCGUUUUGUAUAAUCAAAUGUUACAUUUCAUGGAUGUGUAUUUCCUCCCCUGGAGACAAUAAGCACAGAAAACUAUAGUAUAGGUGGUCAGAGCUCUUUUCUUUGAUGAAAGACCAGCCCUUAACGUAUCUGGGUUUUUCACCGAAAGUAGCAAAGUUAACACUAGGAUUAAUUGGGAUAAAAAAAUCAAGAUUUUAAUUCAAACCUAGAAGAAAAUAUUGCACAAUCGAAUGCAGCUUUUUAUCCACAAAUAGUUCUAGUGUUUAGAAACGAUAGGACUUACCACUGAGGUUUAUAAGACUUAACUUGGAUGUAAAUCUGUUUUUUAAAACACAUUUUAGGAACUUGAGACUUAGCAUCUGGCAUUUCAGUUUAAUACAAACUAAUGAUUGAAUUUGAAAGAGACUUUUGACUUUAUUUCUAAACAUCUAAAGUUCUGAAAAGCCUUGAUGGAAGGUGUUAAACUAUUUGCCCGUUGUACAGAGAAGUGUCAGAUUGUUAUAAAAAGAUUUAUUAUAAAGUACCAUGUGACGCUGUGAGUGAAACUUAUUUGGAAACAUUGAUUUUUAUGCUUGUCAGUGUAUUGUAAGAAGCACAGAAGUGUAGUUUUGUUUUAAUAAACCAAAAAGUGAAUAUA